AUGCCGCCGGUGCCUCGUCCACGGAUUAUUAGCGGUACUGCCGCCCAUCUCGGACAAUUUCCCUAUAUGGUUUCAGUGCGCAUGGAUGACAAACAUAUAUGUGGUGGCACCAUACUGUCUCCGGAAAUUGUCGUAACCGCUGCUCAUUGUGUUUAUGGAAAGCCGGCUAAUUGGCUCUUUGUUCAUGCUGGCAUUACACGACUCAAUGCCUAUGAUGACGGUGAGGUGAUCCAAGUGGCGCAAUACAUUGUGCAUCAUGUCUUCAACAAGCAUGCUCGUGGCACCUUUGAUGUGGCCGUUCUGCAUCUGUCGCGGAAUCUAACAUUCAGCUCCGAGAUCAACAGCAUUCCCAUGGCCACCAUUGAUCCGCCGGUUGACAGCUUAGUGACCGUUUGCGGAUGGGGUGCCACCUUCAAUGUGGGUCCCGUGUCCAAUGAACUGCUCUAUCUCAAUCUGAAGUUACUUUCACGGCAAUAUUGCCAAAAAAAUCAUUAUCUGAGAUUGUCACCCACAACCAUGUGUCUGUAUCACAAUGAAAAUGCUGGAGCCUGUCAUGGUGACUCUGGUGGUCCGGCUGUCUAUAAUGGUGAACUGGUGGGCAUUGCCAGUUGGGUCUUAGGCUCCUGUGGCCAUGCUGAACCCGAUGGCUAUGAACGCGUUUCCGAAUUGCAUUCAUGGAUUCUCGAGCAAAUGGAAAUAUUGUCCAAAUAUGUGUAA